GGGGCUGGAUUCAGUGGGACUGACGGAGCCAAAACCGCACAAAGCCGGCUCAUCGGACUACUCCGCCUCGCUCAAUUCAUCGCUGUUGACAAUACCGCUAACGAGCGUCUCGCGACGGUUGAUUGACGGCUCCCGGGUCUCUCUCAGCCUCCCUACGGCUGGGGCUGAUCACCUUCAGUUGGUUGUUUUUCUGCGCGCGUGAGCUGGGAGUCUGGACCCCUGAAAAAAGUCUCACGCCAGUCAAAAUGAAUUCAAUCAGCAAGAUGAUUUCCUCAGUACACAGUACGCUGGUGUUUUUGACGGGCCUCAUCUUGCUCGCCGCAUUACCAGCCGUCGAGGGGUACCUUUUGGCCUGGGCAUACGGACGGCACCAUGCAAGUGAUUCAGUAGAGGACGAUACCGCCAUAAAUCACCCGAGAAACGUCUACAGCAGGGACACGUCGUCUUCGAGAACAAGAGAUGAAAAUGGAACACCAGAGGACGAGGCUCUCGAAGUUUGCAAGAGCGACAAGGCCUGCGGACGGGGGUUCUUUUGCGAUAGACAUUACGGGGAGUGCAUUCCUCAUCGGCACGAGCUGGAGCCGUGCCGGCGCGACGGGCACUGCAACCGGGGGUUGGAGUGCCGCUUUGGAACCUGCCAGCAAAUCAUCAAAUCCGGAAGAGUCGGGGCGCGCUGCAAGAAUGACAAGGACUGCGGCGAGGGCAUGUGCUGCGCCAAACAGCACGGCGAAUCGGUCUGCAAGGCCCGGCUACCCCUCAACGCCAAGUGCUACGUGCCAGCUGGGGGCAUGGAGUACACAAUCGACAGCAUCUGCCCCUGUAUGGAAGGCCUGACGUGUAGAAGAACACCACAAGUGAGGAGAGAGGAGGAGCUUGUUUGGCAGUUUUGGACUGACUACGAUCACAUGAGGUGCACACCCAUUCGUCCCUUACCCGGACAAUGAUGACAUCACAAGAAACCAUACGUCUGUUUGUCAAAUUAAAAGAAAGUCUUUAAAAAAUUAUUUUGUAUAUACCCAUAAAACUAUGUGUAUAUUUAGUUUAACAGUUUUGGACAGAGGAUUAACUUCAAAAGUUAAAUAUUGUGUUUUGUUCUCCUUUGUCUUGCUAAUGCUAAUGUAUCAAAGUAUCCCAAAUUGCAUCUCCUCUUUAAUGUUCAAGAAAUCUUGAAGCCCGGGGUAUUUUGAGAUAAAACAGCCAACUUGACUCAUGGUUUUUAGCUUUCUGUUUUGGUUUGGGCAAAUAUAUGACAAAAUUUAUAACUUACUAAAAUUAUGAAUUAACAUCAUUGUACAUGGUUGCAAAUGCACACUAUGCUAUUAUAAUAAUUUUGAUGUUCAUGCUAUGUUGACAUUCUAUCAUUCGCCAAAAAUAUGAAGUUGUGAAUCCAGAAAUAAAACCUGAGUACCUGGGACUGUGUUCUCGAAAUGCUGGCACAAUAUUUCUAGGUUUAAAGUCCAAUCAGGGUUCAUAAGUAUGAUUGCAUUAGAAAAGCUUUGCUGGGCUGUCCUGUCUCAUGCUGUAGCCACUUGGGCGAGGAAAUCUAUGAAAACCUAUUCAAAAAGAACUUUUCAGUGGGAUGGUUUUCAAAACACAGCUCAAGUGGACGUCUGCUGAAUGGCGCGCAGAACACUGAAGGGACGGAUCAUUAAUUGCUUGUGGCUAGACCUGUAAAAAGUAGCAGUGAAUUACGGUCCAGCUGAUGGAUAAGUAAAUGGCAAAAACCAGUGAAAACCAUGAAAGGUUUUCGCUCGUUUAGUCGCUUUACCAAGGCCCACAUAAACAAAAAUGCCAAAGAAUAUUUCAAUAAGAAGCAACAAGUCUAUCACCACAACCUUUUAUUGCUUUGCUGCAGGAAAGCGCUAUAUUUAUCAUUUAUGAAAC